UAUUAAUAUUAAAGCCGUUAUAAUAUUCAGUCCGUCAAACUUUAAAAACGUCACUGAGCUUUCAACAUGUUUAGUAACAGAAUUAUAAUAAAAAUAGAUCAAUCUUUGAUUAAAGGUUGAUGAGGAGAGCAGGUGAGCGUGGAGGCAUGACAAAUAAUAGACUUUUCAUUCAAGCUGUAAAAUAUCGAUGGUCCCUGAAGUGAAACUAUUUUAAAAGCAUUUAAAUGAUUAUUUAAUGGAUAAAUGUUUGCCGAAUUCACUAACGAACCAUGUCAAUUAAUAACAUAUCCUCAUUAAUAUUUUAAUGUGUGUCUGAUUUUGUUAAAACCCAUUAUAAUCCUAAAUCCUCCAGUUUUUAAACGAGGUUUGUUAGCUUUAAAAAGGUCAUACAGUCAAUCCACAUUAAAGCUCAUGUCUAAUUUCACAGAUAGUGAUUAAACAAGUUGUUAAAGCUAUAAUGCAAGAUAUAUUUAUUAUAGUAUUUUUAGAAUAAUUACAGCAAGUUAGCAUGACGAAUAACAUUGGAUUUGUGUCAUUCAAACGACAAUUUAUUAGGAGUGAAACUACUUAAAAACAGCAUUUUAAUUAUUACUAAGUGGAUCAAAUACAUGCCGAAUUCCAGAAUAAACGAUGCCAAUUCAUCAAAAAUAUCCUCAGUUAUAUUUUACUGUGUGAGAUUUUAUUAAAACUCAUUCAAAUCUUAAAUCCUCCAGUUUUUAAACGAGGUCCGUGAGCUUUUUAACUUAAGCUUUCAACAUUAACCUGAAACACGGUUAUAAAAGGAGUCAAAUCCAUAUUACAGAGGAUGUGUAGAUGAACUGAGAGUGCUUAAAGAAGCUGUAACUGUAAAAUAAAGAGUAGGUUCACCCCUCUGACCUGCAGCACUCUCAGGUUCACUAGCCCAGCUGAUCCUGAACAGAACCGCAUUCUAAUAUUUGAUAUUUAGUUAUAAUUCAUAUUAAACUUUACCUCAGGAAGAUGAGUCCUCUGUUAUAACAGCUGAUAGCCGCACAGGCAUAACAUACAUAAGACGAGUGCAACCCUUAAUCAGGUCCCCCUUUAGAUGCAAGCACGAAGGUUCCGCGCACAUCCUCUCCCUCUUCUUCUUCUACGGCUGCAGGCCAGCGGUUACAGGCGCGUGCUGCCACCUGCUUUAAAUGAUUAAAUGACAGGAAAAAACAAUGCUACAUUCUUUAGAUUAAACCUGUACGUAUCGAAAUGAAACCCCUUGAACCUAACCCCCCCAACAAUCCUGCAAUACCCCGCUCCCUUCCUAUAGCUGUCACCCUGUUCUUCAGUCUCUCUCCUCCUCUAGAUCUAACAUGUGAGUCCUCAUCUCAACCUGGAGAAAAACACAAAACCUGUGCUCAUUUCUGUCAUUCAAAACAUUCUGAACAGAAAACAGAAAACCAAAACAACAAAAGACAUUAUGAGAAAGAGACAUUUGUGGAUGAAAUAUUUUUGCUAAAAUAAUGAAAUGAUUAUUUCCAAGGUCUGUUUUUAAGUUUUCAAAAUGAAUGGCGAAUAUUAUAGUAUCAUAUGUUGAGAGAUAUGAGUGUUUUGCUCAUCAUAAAUCAACUAAUACUGUAAGCAUCCCAUAAUAAAAAGGCUCUCACACUCAUUGUAUUACACCCUGCUUUAUAUUUAGUUUGUGUUCAUAUUUUCUGUAAACUUUUUGUCACAAAUGUAUAUAUUUUUUAGUUGAUUGUAUUGUCACUAUAUUGCCUUGUUUCUAUGCUGCUGCAACAGAAACAUUUCCCAAAUUGGGUUCAAUAAAGUAAUCUGUUCUAAUCAAUGUGAAACAGUAACGGGGCUACGGUGUCCAGUGAGGGUACCAUAAAAAGGUUAAGGUGUUUAUAAAUGUGUAAUGACGGGGUUUUAACUUUGCACAGCUUAAUAAACGUUCUGUCCCCAAAUGAAAAGGUAAUGACUGCAACAUGAGACGGCAGCGGGUCUACGGUGUCCGGGGAAGGUCCAAUAAAAAGAUAACAAAUGCGACGAUAGACAGUAACGGAGCUACGGUGUCCGGGGAGGGUACAAAGCGCGCAGUGGAUAAUGGAGGGGGUCACAGUGGGCCAGGUCUUUGAUGCGGAAUGCAUCCUGAGCAAACGGCCGAGAAAGGGGAAGUGUGAAUACCUGGUGAAAUGGAGAGGGUGGUCCUCAAAGCACAACAGCUGGGAGCCAGAGGAGAACAUCCUGGACCCCCGACUGCUGGCAGCUUUCCACAAGAGAGAACAGGAGAAGGAGCUUCUGUUCCAGACCAAAGGGAAGAGACCGAGAGGCCGGCCGCGGAAGAUCUUGCCGGUUCCCGCCCUCACUAAAGAUGGCCGCUCCUCGUCCUCCUCUUGCUCCGGCCUCUCCUCCUCGCCUUCCUCCUCCUCCUCCUCCUCAGAGGAUGAAGAGGACUCCUCUAAGAAGCCCCGUCCGGCCCCCCGCCUGCAGCCGGGCCCCGUGAAGCGGCCCCAGAUCCUCCUCUCCAAACCGGACCCGCCCAAGAAGAAGCGAGGGAGGAAGCCGCUGCACCCGGACGUCCGAGCGCUGAGGCAGGCCAAGUCCAGACUUCCUCCUGCGUCUCCUCCUCUACCUGCUCCUCCUCCUCCCCCCCCUCGCCACCAGGUGCUCCGCCCCCCUGGCGUGAAGAAGCCCCUACAGCCGGCCAGCUUCACCUACACCGGGCUAGGCCGCAGCCGGGAGGAGGCCGCCUCCUCGCAGCCCUCCUUCGCCUCCUCCAAAGCUUCGCUGUGGACCUCGUCCUCCUCCUCCUCCUCCUCCUACAGCCGUCCCAGCAAGAACUCAGACCUGAAAGCGGUGAAGAUGGGGGUCCACGGGGGGUUCGGGGGGGCGCUGAGCCUCCGCCGGCCGGACGCCCUGCAGCACAAACAGCUGAGCGUCUCCAAGGCAACGACCACGCCCAGGGAGCGAGCCAAUCAGGCGCUGAACCUGAGGGCCCUCAACCUGCAGAGCGUCCGGAGCGUCGGGAAGGCGGUGUCCGGCAGCGGCCUGCAGGGCGGUAGCAGAGCCAGCCUGCGGAGCGGCGCCGUGGGGAAAGGAGGUGGAAUCAAGGUGCAGCGGGCGGCGGGCGGCGUGGAGGCGGCGCGGCUACGGGAGGAGCUGGCAGACGGUCAGACGGGCUCGGCUCGCGGCGCUCAGACCCGCAGUCUGAACGAGCUCAGCACCGGGGACUCGGACGAGAGCAGCAGCGACUCGGAGCCAGACAGCGCCGCCAUGUUCCCCGCCAUCAGCCGGCCCAGCCUCGGGGACGACGUGGCAGCCGGGUCGGACACGGAGACGGACUGGCGGCCGGAGCGGAGCCUCCUGGAGCAGGUCUGCGUCACCGACGUCACAGCCAACUUCAUCACAGUGACGGUGAAGGAGUCGCCCACCAGCGAGGGGUUCUUCAGCUCGCUGAGCGCCUGAGGGGGGGGGUCACUAUCACUGCCUGUCACAGGGGGAGGGACUUCCUGUCUGAACAGUUCUGUGGGUUGUGACAUUGACUCAGUCAGAAGAAAACAGGGAGGAGAGAUCCGGAGGAGAGGAGAGAGAGAGUAUUUGUGGAAGUACGGAAGCCCUGAGGGACAACAAGACGGUCUGCUGAUAAACGUUGAGUCUGAUGGAGUUUAAUUUCCACAUUCGUUUAUUAUUGAACUGCUCUGUUUGAACCGGUGCUAAAAUGUAUGUUUUUCAGGUCAAAAAGAAAACAGGAUAUUUUUUUCCAAAUUCCCCCAAAAAUAUUUCAAAUGUUAAAAGUUCUACAUUUUUAAGAAUAUUUUUGUUGAUCGAUUGAAAAAGGUUUUUAAUUCCUAAACACAGCAGAUAUAAUCAUUUAGAAAUCCGUUUGUCCUUCCGGGCUUCCGUACAGAAACCCUGUUCACACUUCAUAUUAAAACAGUCUUCAUAGGAACUCUCCUCUGAUGGAUCAUGUGACUGCUACAUCCAAUAAUAAGCCCAGAAACACAUGUGGGACUUAAGCUGUCAUUAUAAUCCAACAGUCAUUAAUUAAAUUAGACAUAAUGCUUAAUUAAAACUUCAAUUAGCCCCAAAAUGUGCAGGUUAAUUAAAAAUAAAAGGCUGUAAAAUCAAACCAUUGCCUUUAAUGUCAAGAAUUAAAUGAAGGAAUAAAUUGAGAAAUAAUUAGUUUUGGAAAAAAGUAAAAAGAAAAUAAUAACUUGGGAAAUAAAACAUAAAAAUAUUCAAAUAAAAAAAACAUUUGAAUUCUUUUGUUUUGAAUUUACCUGCAAAUCUACUUUGAUGAUUUAGAUUUCUAUAUUUAUUAUAAUGGCAGCUUUAAUCCUCUAUAGGCAACGCAGAGGAGAUUUACAGUCACACUUCUUACCGUCCAUUGAACCUGUGCGUAACACCUGCUGGAUCAGCAGACUGUCUCUCUGAGGAGUGAAGGGGUUUCACUACAGAUGGAUGGAUUCACCACCCUCCAGUGCCUCGGGUUCCUCCGUCUUAUCGAGCCCCCCCCCACCGACGCUCGUUCACUAACUGUCUGAUUGGCUGAACGUGUCUCUGGACCGGUUGUAAAUCUGAGCUCGGUGCAGCACGUCCACACGGAGAGUGGAGUCCGGUUCAGUUCUCCUUGGACCAAAGCUGGCUGAAUGUGAUCAUGGUGUUCCGGACAGUAUUCCUUGCACUACGCUCAGAUCCACGCUGACAUUCCCUCGACCCGUUUUAUACCAUUUUAAUACCCGUCACCGUCUCUUGGAAUAUGUGUUAAUUUAUUUUUGUAAAUAUGUUUCCUGUCUGAUAUCUAUCUGGUGCUCGUGUUGGCUUCAGAGUCUCGUAGCCUGUGUGCCUCUCUGCCAUUUUCAAGGUAUUUCAAAUAAAGUAUAAAGUACAAGAGGAGCCGCAGACGA